AUGGCUGAAGUAUGUCCAAAAGUACAAGUGAUCGAUGGUAUUCCAGUCUCCAUUGAUUACGACGUUGAAACAUUUCGCCCAGCAUUAAACUACAAGCCACGACCAGACGAUAUUUUUCUUUCUGUCUAUCCUAAAUCAGGCUCGACAUGGGCAGAAGUCAUUCUAUACACACUAAUGAAUGACGGUGAAGCAUUCAACAACAAUAUGGCCGAAUAUUUUGCCCGUACACCUUAUCUGGAACAGAUAGGUAAGCGAGGCAUAAACAACAUGCAUCGGCCGUGCGUUAUUAAAACUCAUUUGCCUUUCAAUCGUAUUCCUUAUUGCGAGAAGGCCAAAUAUGUCUGUGUGGUACGGAAUCCAAAGGAUGUGUGCGUUUCUUUUUAUUACUUCAUUCUCAAACUAACUGGUGGUGAGCCCGAUAAAGCUUCAUUCGAUGCGUUCUUCGAAGCGUUUAUCAAUGGAAAUGUUUAUUUUGGUGAUUAUUUUGAGCAUCUACGUUCUACGUGGCAACAAAAAGACGACGUCAAUGUGUUCCUCACGUCCUACGAAGAAAUGAAGCGUGACCUCCGAUCAGUUAUCCGUCGGCUUGCUCAGUUUUUGGCUAUUGAACUCAAUAGUAAUUUGCUCGAGCGCAUUGUUACCUACCCGUCGUUCGACUAUAUGAAGGAACGGUAUGGCAGGGCAUACUCAGCUCAAGCACGCGUUGCUCUUGCCAACGAAUCGCCCACUGCACUCUGGCCCAUUAACAAGAGUAGCUUGCAGAAUUGCGAGUUUUCACUAAUUCGAAAAGGUGUUGUUGGCAGCUGGUCAUUAACAAUGAGCAAAGCACAAUCUCAACGUCUCGAUAAGAUCUUCGUCGAAAAGACAGCAGGCAUGCAUGGACUCGAUAAGCUCUUCCUACCACCAUAA